UUUAAAGUAAAAUAAAACGGGACUAAAUGGCUGACGAUAGUGAAGUUGCGCAGGUUGGACAGAAGAGGGAGCCAAAGCCCACAGAACGAGCUCGAGAUGACAAAAUCACUAGAUUAAAAGGAGAAAGAAGAGGAAAGCUGUCACAGUUGACAAAAGAGAAGAAUAACAUUGAAAGAUUGAAACAGAAUGAAUGCAAUGCUGAUUUCAUAAAUGAAGAAUCUUUUCCAAUGUUUGUCAAAUGUCUGCGAGAGUAUGAACGCAUUAAUUACGAACUAUGUGAACUGAUAAGUGAAGAUGAUAAACGUGAAGACCAAGAUGUGUUCGAGGGUAGACAUUCUGAGUUUAAACUUUUCUUACAAAGCGUUAAAGAAUGGAUAAAAGAUGUCAAAUGCUCUCCUGAGGAAGAUGUACAUCCACACGACAGUGUUUCAAAGGCUAACUCAGUUGCAAGCUGCACAUCGCAAGGAUCAAGUACAAGUACAAUGCGGCUGAAAAUUAAAGCAGAACGUGAAGCGCUUUUAGCAAAAGCAGCAGCGAUGAAAAAGAAAGAAGCAAUUGAAGUAGAAGAAGCCCGUCUCAAGUUUAAAAAAGAGCAACUAGAAAUUGAAAUGAAGCUUGCCAUUUCGGAUGCAAAAUUAAAGGUGUAUGAAGAGAAUGAAGAUGCUCAAAGGUCUGAGAUUAAUUCCUUACAAGCUAUUUCAAGACUUAAAGUUGAAUCUGUUCAUUCUUCGAGCAAAUCAGAAAGGCAAGAAAUGUUCUCAGAUGAUGAACAACAGGCAAAUAUGGAUCCUCCAGUAUCAAGGAAGCCUCACUUAAAAGGCAUUUCAACACAUGCUCAAUGUUCUGAUUCAUUUCCGGAUGAUCUGUACCAGGUUCUGCAGCAACAAAAUCACCAUACUGAGAUGCUCAUAAAACAACAUAGUAUAUCUCGACUUCCUCAUAGAGAAAUUCCAGUAUUUACAGGUGACCCACUUUCAUAUAGAUCGUUCAUAAGAGCUUUUGAACAUGCUAUUGAGAACCAAACUGACAGUCAACAAGAUCGGCUAUAUUAUCUAGAACAGUUCACGGGCGGAGAACCACUAGAUCUUGUACGCAGCUGUGAGCACAUGAAGCCAGACAGAGCUUACAGAGAAGCAAGGGCUUUGCUUGAUCAACACUAUGGAGAUGAGUUGACCAUUGCCACCGCAUAUAUUAAAAAGGCUAUGGAAUGGCCUCAGAUAAAACCAGAUGACAGAAAAGGACUGAAUGCAUUUGCACUAUUUCUGAUUGGAUGUUCUAACACAGUGAAUGAUGUAGACUACAUGAGUGAAAUGAACAAUCCAACCAACAUGAAAAGCAUCUUGUACAAACUACCAUAUAAACUGAAAGAAAAAUGGAGAAGCCAUGCUUACAGCAUUCAAGAAAGAAAAGGAACGCGAGCCAAAUUUCCUGAUCUUGUAGAGUUCAUCUAUCAACAAGCAAAGGUUGCUAAUGAUCCGCUUUUUGGAGAUAUUCUUGAUGUCACACCAGCUAACCAGAGCAGCUCAAAGAAAAAGUCUGACCAACUAAAAGGCCUUUCAAAGAGAAGCAGUUUUGCCAUGAAUAUAUCCUGCACCGAAAAGGAUACCAUCAAGAGUCAACGUGACAUAACAACUUCUUCAGUCAAGACCAUCAGUGCUUUUCAAAGUCCAUGUCUUUAUUGUAAGAACAGCCAUGCUUUGAGUGUUUGUAACAAAAUUAAAGAAAAGCCUUCGAAAGACAGAAUACAGUUUCUGAAGUCACAUGGUCUUUGUUUUGGAUGCCUAACGGCAGGUCAUCUAUAUAAAGCUUGUAGAAAAAAGGCCUCAUGUUCCGAGUGUUCUUUUAAGCACCCAACUAUUCUACAUGUGGUGAAGCAGAAUGUUGUGUCAGAAGAAAACGUGGUUGACAACCCACAAAACACAAGCGAAGUUACAAGUGCUCUUGUGUCCACUGGAGCCAAAAAAGGUGAAGUCACUGGGGCCGGAGAAAAUGAAUGCAUACUUCCCAUUGUGCCUGUGCAGAUAAGACACAAGAAAAACAGAACCAUCAUCAAGACAUAUGCAUUCCUGGAUCAAGGUAGCACAGCAACUUUUUGCACUGAGGAUCUGGCCACAAAGUUGAAUGUACGAGGAAAAAAGAAAGAAAUUCUUCUUCGAACAAUGACACAGGAACAGAAAGUCUGUAGUUAUGUCCUUACAGAUUUAGAGGUUUGUGGACUUGACGAACAAGACUUCAUCAUGUUGCCAGAUGUGUACACUCAACCAGACAUUCCUGCAACAAAGGGUAACAUACCAAAAGAGCAAGAUUUGGAGAGAUGGCCUUACCUGAAACAAGUUCAUCUUCCAAGACUAGAGUCAGAUAUUGGACUUCUCAUUGGUGCUAAUGCGCACAAGGCUAUGGAGCCAUGGAAGAUUGUCAACAGCCAGAAUGACGGACCAUAUGCCGUGAAAACAGCCCUAGGUUGGGUGGUAAAUGGACCAGUCAGCAGAUGUCAAGAUAGUGAAUCACGUGUCACUGAAAAACAAGAUUUUCUUGUCAAUCGUAUAUCUGUAUUGAACAUUGAAGACAUGCUGGAGAAGCAGUAUAAUGCAGAUUUCCCAGAGCGACAGUAUGAGGACAAACAAGAACUGUCUCAGCAGGAUAAGCAGUUCAUGCAUGCUGUAACUACAUCAGCACAGUUCAUCAAUGGUCAUUAUUGCAUCAAGUUGCCUUUGAAAAAUGACAAUGUGAUAUUGCCACGCAAUCGUGGUAUUGCUGAACAAAGGCUUAACUCUUUGAAGAAGAAGCUGAGUAGAAAUUCAGACUUUUGUCAAGACUACAAAGCUUUCAUGGACAACAUAUUGAAAAAAGGUUAUGCUGUAAGAGUCCCUGAAGAACAGCUGAGUCGCAGUGAUGGUCGAGUAUGGUUCAUUCCACACCAUGGAGUGUACCAUCCAAAAAAGAAAAAACUGCGAGUUGUGUUUGACUGUACCGCUUCUUACCAGGGAGUUUCAUUGAACGAUCAAUUACUGCAAGGACCUGAUCUCAUGAACACUCUUAUUGGAGUUUUACUCAGAUUUAGACAGGAGCCCGUCGCCAUGAUGGCAGAUAUUGAAUCUAUGUUCUAUCAAGUCAGAGUUCCAGACGAAGAUGCAGACUUGCUGCGUUUUCUUUGGUGGCCAGAUGGUGACGAAACUAAAGAAGCGGCAGAAUACAGAAUGUGCGUGCACCUGUUUGGAGCCACGUCAUCACCCAGUUGUGCUUCAUAUGCACUGAGAAGAACUGCUGAAGAUGGAAAUACAAAUACAUCAGCAGAAGCGACACAGACAGUUCUGAAGAACUUCUACAUGGAUGACUGUCUAAAGUCAGUGCCAACAGAAGAAGAAGCAGUUAAACUAGUAAAAGAACUGAUGACAUUGUGUGAAAGUGGUGGGUUCCAUUUGACUAAGUGGAUGAGCAAUAAUAAAGCUCUGUUGUACUCCAUUCCUGACAGUGAAAGAGCACCUGUUGUUAAAGAUUUGGAUUUGCAACACAAUGAGCUUCCUGUAGAACGAGCUUUGGGCGUGCAGUGGUGCACAAGUUCUGAUAGCUUCAAGUUCAAAGUUCAGCUGCCAAACAAGCCAUGCACAAGAAGAGGCAUUUUAUCUGUUGCCAGCUCUGUGUAUGAUCCUUUAGGAUUUUUGGCACCACUUCUUCUACCUGUUAAACUUAUUCUGAGAGAACUUUGCAAAGAGAAGCGAGGAUGGGAUGAAGAAAUCUCAGAACAGUCAUGCCGGACAUGGCUAAGAUGGUUGUCAGAUCUCGACAAGCUUUCUGAACUCAGUGUGAGCAGAUGUGUAAAGCCUGCUACAUUCGGACCCACAAAGUCUGCACAAAUUCAUCUCUUUUCCGACGCUAGCCAGGAUGGAUAUGGAGUUGUGUCAUAUCUUUUGUUGACUAAUGAACGAGGUGAAACACAAGUGUCAUUCCUGAUAGGUAAAUCCAGGGUAGCACCUCUUAAACAAAUGACAAUUCCAAGAAUGGAAUUAACAGCAGCAGUGGUUGCAGUCAAAGUGGAUCGGAUGCUGAGAGAAGAACUUCAACUACCACUGAAGAAAUCAGUCUUCUGGACCGACAGUACCACAGUACUGAGCUACAUUGAAAAUGACAGCAUUCGCUUCAAAACAUUUGUGGCAAACCGAAUCUCUUUGAUCAGGGAACUGACAGACCGAUCUCAGUGGAAAUAUGUGAGCAGUUCACAAAAUCCAGCGGAUCUGGCAUCAAGAGGUUUGAAAAUUGAAAGCUUCAUCAGAAGUGUAAGUUGGUUUCAAGGACCAAGUUUCCUGUUAAAUGAAGAGCAUUGGCCAAAACAACCUAAACAUUCUAGGCUAAUGGAACAGAAUGAAGUAAGAACAACAGUUGCAACGACGUGUGCAAAACCAUGGAAAAACGAUGAGACAAUGAGUCGACUUAUCGAGCAUUAUUCCAGCUGGCAUAAGCUCAAAAAGGCCGUUGCCUGGAUUUUGCGCCUGAAAGAGACUCUGAGAUACCUGAGUAAAAAGAGAAAAGAAACUGUACUAAAGGUGCAGCAAUCUGAAAAAGAUCCAGAGAAAGUUGAGAUUUUAGUUGAACAACAGAUGAUCACAUUUAAAAGAAAGUUGGAAAAGAAAAUGCUCACUGUUGAAGAUUUGUCCAAAGCUGAAACAGAGUUGGUCAAGUUCAGUCAAAGACAAACUUAUGCAGUUGAAAUCAGAACUUUGGAGCAUGGAAGCGCACAGGUGGGCAGAACCAGUCCAACCUCCAGAUUAGAUCCAUACCUACAAGAUGGUGUUUUGAGAGUAGGGGGACGUCUGAAUAGAUUGAAAAUGCCAGAAGAGACCAAGCAUCCUGCCAUUCUGCAUAGACAUCACAGAAUAGCCAACCUCAUUCUGCAUCAUAUUCACCAAGUGACAGGACAUGGUGGCAGAAAUCAUGUUUUGGCCAGAAUGCGACAAAAAUAUUGGAUACCAGCAGCCAAUACAGCUGUUAGAAAGGUAAUCUCAGAGUGCAACCUCUGCAGAAGACUGCAUGCAAAACCAGGGCAACAAAAAAUGGCAGAUCUGCCACCCGACCGUCUGCUUCCUGAUAAACCACCUUUUACCAACACAGGUGUGGAUUAUUUUGGUCCUUUUGAGGUCAAAAGAGGGCGUGUCAAGGUCAAACGUUAUGGAGUGCUUUUCACAUGUCUAACUGUCAGAGCUGUACAUAUUGAAGUUGCUCAGUCACUUGAUACAGAUUCAUGUAUUAACGCUCUGCAUCGUUUUCAAAGCAGAAGAGGACAAGUUUCCAUCAUUCGCUCUGACAAUGGAACAAAUUUUGUUGGAGCAGAGAGAGAGUUAAGGGAGGCAUUGAAAGAGUUGGACCACUCUCGCAUUAAUGACGCCAUGAUGCAAAAGGGUGUGCAGUGGAUUUUCAAUUCACCUGCUGCAUCUCAUCAUGGAGGAGUCUGGGAACGUCAGAUACGUACUGUUAGAAAAGUCAUAAGUUCCGUUGUUAAGCAACAGAUACUGGAUGAUGAAGGACUGCAGACUCUUUUAUGUGAAGUUGAGAGUAUCAUCAAUGGAAGACCCUUAACCAUGAACACAGACGAUCCUAAUGAUCUCGAGCCUCUUACGCCAAACCAUCUGCUUCUGCUGAAGGGACAACCUACCUUUUCUCCUGGUACGUUUAUCAAGGAGGAUGUCUAUUCUCGCCGUCGAUGGAGACAAGUCCAGUAUAUGGCGGAUUUGUUCUGGCGAAGAUGGUCACAGGAGUACCUGCCUCUAUUGCAGGAACGACAAAAAUGGCUCGGCCUAAAACGAAACUUCAAGGUCGGAGAUGUCGUACUAGUCGCUGAUUCAUCCUCUCAGAGACAUUCCUGGAUGUUGGGUAGAAUCGUCAACGUCAUGCCAGACUCCAAAGGAACGGUUCGGAGCGCAGAAGUCAAGACGAAGACAAGCAUCAUCCAAAGGCCGAUUACAAAAUUGUGCUUAUUGCAAGGAGAAUGAAACAAUAGAGAAUUUAUUAAAAGAUUGUUUUUGUAACCAAGUAAAAAAAAAAAACAAGGUUUUUGUUAAGAUAUUUGACUAUUUAUGGCUCCAUUUUAAGUUGAGUUUGUAAUUGAUAUGCUAAUACAUAGUCAAUUAGGGGCCGGAAAAUGUAGGAGCCAUAUAUACAUUUUUGGAACCUAAUACAAAAUGUUAUUUGUGUUUGUGUAUUUCCUCUGUUAUUUGAAAAAGAUAAGCGUCUUAAUUGUAUUGUGUUUGAGCUCAUGACAUGGUGCCUUUUGAUUGGUUAGCGACUAAUUAGUUUAUCCAAGACGAAAGUACUUGCUCUUUGUAGAAGUCUGGCACCUGGAGAGUAACACAGUCUUUUGACCGUCACCUUCUAUUUGUUUUGAAUCUGUUUGUUAUUUUUAUGUUCUUUUAAGUUAAGUAAAGACUGAAAGAUGACCGUCGGAUUCAAGACCUCUUUUUUUCUAGAAGAAACGUGUCGCGUAUGAAAGAGCUUUAAGGGACUAGACUAGUGAGAGCUUGCCGCACUUACAAUAAAACAGACACAGAAAAUGGAUGGAU